AUGAGAUCCAUCUUAGUCGUGUUGGCCACCGCCGUCGCUGUGCAAGGAUUCGGCAUCAACCGAGGACUAGACACGAGCCUGGCUCAAGCUCAAGCUCAGGCGCAGGCAGUGGGGUUGGGACUCGGCGGUGGGCUGCUGGGUGGAGGAGCAGGGCUGAGUGCUGCACAGGCACAGGCUCAGGCGCAGGCUGCGGGGCUGGGCGGCGGCUACCACGGCAUCUGGAAGCGCCACGCCCUCUACGGUUUGGGGCUGACUGACUCCCUAGCCCAGGCUCAGGCCCAGGCACAGGCCGCCGGGCUGGGGGGUGGAUACUACGGUGGAGGUGGAGCGGCCCUGAGCCAGGCACAAGCGCAGGCGCAGGCUGCCGGGCUGGGCAGUGGUUACCACGGCAUCUGGAAGCGGCACGCCCUUUACGGCUUGGGGGUGACUGACUCCCUCGCCCAGGCUCAGGCCCAGGCACAAGCACAGGCCCAGGCUGCCGGGCUGGGCGGUGGCUACCACGGCAUCUGGAAACGACGAGCCGAAUACGGCUCGGAGCUGACCGACUCCCUCGCCCAAGCACAGUCACAGGCACAGGCCGUUGGACUGGGCAGUGAUGGGGAUGGUGCCGCCCUCAGCCAGGCGCAGUCACAAGCACAGGCCAUCGGACUGGGCAGCGACGGGGACGGUGUUGCCCUGAGCCAGUCACAGUCGCAAGCACAGGCCGUCGGGCUGGGCAGUGGUGACGACAGUGAGGGUGGCGCUGCCCUCAGCCAGGCACAGGCACAGGCACAGGCUGCUGCUUUAGGAGCCAGUGAAGGAACAGGACGCCAGCCACCACCAGUCGAGUCUCACGAUGGCAGCCUGUAUCUGUGCCUGAGCCAGACUGGAGGUGGCGCCACCCACACUGCAGUAUCCACCACCCAGCAUGGCAUCCAGUGCCUGGACCUGUGCCUAGGUGAUGGAGUCAGCUAG